AUGCCCUCUCGUUGCGCGCAGUCGACUCUCCUCGCCCAUCGCCCUGGCGCUGGCCUUGAAACGCUCUCGCGGCUUCCUUCUUCACUCCCCUCUCAUUACCCACUUCGUCGCCUUUGCGCUCGCUCUGAGCCGCCCUCCCGUUGCCUAUCAUCUCUCCACUCCCAUCCCGUCGCCCUCGUGUUCCCCUCUCAUCUCGCCCUCGAAACGGGCUCUCAUCCAUGUUUCCGUCGCCCUCUCUCCCCUCUUCCCUCACGUUGUUUCUCUCUCUCACGUUCUCCCCUUCCCGUCACCAUCGAGCUCACGUUCUCCCCUUCCCCCGCCAUCGAGCUCACGUUCUCCCCUUCCCCCGCCAUCGCGCUCACGUUCUCCCCUUCCCCCGCCAUCGAGCUCACGUUCUCCCCUUCCCCCGCCAUCGAGCUCACGUUCUCCCCUUCCCCCGCCAUCGAGCUCACGUUCUCCCCUUCCCCCGCCAUCGAGCUCACGUUCUCCCCUUCCCCCACCAUCGCGCUCACGUUCUCCCCUUCCCCCACCAUCGCGCUCACGUUCUCCCCUUCCCCCACCAUCGCGCUCAUCUUCUCCCAUCUUCGCACCACCUUCGCGCUCAUGGUCUCCCCUUCUAUCACCUUCGCGUUCAGAUACUCCCCUACCUUCUCCCAAGCACCACACGUUCUCCCCUCCCCUCGCCAUCGCGCUCAAGUUCUCCCGUCUUCGCAUCGCCUUCGCAAGCAGAUUCUCCCCUCCCAUCUCCCUCGUUCUCACGUUCUCGUCUCUCAUCGCCUUCGCGCUCGCACCUCCCGUCCCUUCCUGUUGCCCUCGUGUUCUCCCGUCCCGUCCCGUCGCCUUCGCGCUCGCACCUCCCGUCCCUUACCGUCGCCCUCAUGCCCUCCCCUCCCCAAUGCCCCUCCCAUCACCCAACCAGUAACCUUUGCCCCCUUAUUCUCUCCCCUCGCGUCCGUGUUUCCGUCGGCCUCUCACUCUCCUCUUCCGACUCCUUGUCUCACUUUGUUUAUCACCUUCUCCUGUUUGUUUUUCUCUGCAUAA